CAAGUUCUCGAACUCCAAAAAAACUAUGGGGUGCUCGAAAAUGGUUGAAGUAGUUGAAUAGGAGGAUCACUAUGACUAUAGCCGUUGGUAAAUUUACCAAAGACGAAAAUAAUUUAUUUGAUAUUAUGGAUGACUGGUUACGGAUGGACCGUUUCAUUUAUGUAGGUUGGUCUGGUUUAUUGCUCUUUCCUUGUGCUUAUUUCACCUUAGGAGGUUGGUUUACGGGUACAACCUUUGUAAUUUCAUGGUAUACCCAUGGAUUGGCCAAUUCUUAUUUGGAAGGUUGCAAUUUCUUAACCGCAGCGGUUUCUACUCUUGCUAAUAGUUUAGCACACUCUUUAUUGUUAGUAUGGGGUCCUGAAGGACAAGGAAAUUUUACUCGUUGGAGUCAAUUAGGCGACCUGUGGACUUUCGUUGCUCUUCAUGGUGCUUUCGCACUAAUAGGUUUUAUGUUACGUCAGUUCGAACUCGCUCGAUUUGUUCAAUUGCGCCUUUAUAAUGCAAUCACAUUCUCUGGUCCAAUUGCUAUUUUUGUUUCUGUAUUCCUAAUUGUUACAAUGUGCAUUCGCCAUUAA